AUGUAUUCAAUUGUCGCCUUGUUUGCAUUUCUUUUACCUUAUUCGUUGGCUACACUCUGUUCAGAACGAAAGAGUUGCUGUCGUAGCGAUUUCCCGCACGAGCUAUGUGUUGGAAAGGACGAGCAGCAUUGCCACUGCGACGUGGCGUGUCAAAGGUACGGUGACUGUUGCGAGGAUUAUUUGCAGUUCUGCGUGCAGUCACCACCUGAACCUUGCAUCUACAAGCAAUGGGGAGCAUGGGGACCGUGCUCGAACAACGGUAUCUGCGACAUCGGAUACCAGUUACGUUCACGCGAUGUUUUGCAAAUGGGAAACUUCAAGUCUAGAACCUCAUGUAACAUGACCGACUUGGUAGAAUCUAAGCAGUGCGGAGACCCGUCUUGUUAUAUGUAUCGCAUGACUAAGGUGUACAACACGGCACAGUUUCAGCGAGAUCACUUUCACUUCAGCACUGCCAAGUAUCGAUACGUAAAGGGUAACUGCGAUCAGUUCGGACGAGGCUCGUAUGUUUGCGUCAUGUGUCCCGACAAUUCCAGAUGUGGACAAAACGUCUUGAAAACUGGCGAAAAUGUCACCGUACACUUACGCAAGUGCACUGGAACGUUUCUGAAACUCACAGAGUCCGCCUACAGAACACAAUGUUCUACGACUACUCCUACCGUUCAGAUCUACGCCUUCGAGAUGGAUCUGAAAAAAAGUAUAUCAGGAUGA